UUUCUAUUUUUCUACUCGUUGUUUCAUCAUGUGGGCGUUCUUCUUCCUGUGGAUGACACUAACUGUAAUUACAUUUCUUUUGAUCAUCGGUAGAUGUACAAUUCUCAUUUAUCUUGUCUUCUGUGUACCAAUUCUAAUGACAAUCCUCUAAUGACACAAGUGAAUCUAGUUCGCAUCGAGAAGUAUUUUUCAAGAAGUUGAAUUUUGGCGGACAUCGUGGAUCACCAAAAAGAGCUCCUGAAAAUACGAUUGAAAGUUUGAAAAAAGCAAAGGAAGACGGUUGUGAUCUUGUUGAAUUUGAUAUUCAUAUGUCAUCGGAUGGAGUUCCACUCUUAAUGCAUGACGAUACAACUGAACGGACUGGAAAUGCAAAGCUGAAAGUUGAACAUUCCACGUGGCAACAAUUGGAAGCAGUUGUAUUGAAUCCUGUUAACGGAGUUAAUGCAAAAAUUCCACGACUCAAUGAAGCAAUCGAUUUUUGUGUGGAGAAUGGACUGAAGAUGUUAUUUGAUAUGAAAAAUGAUAACUUGAAGCUUAUGGAAGCAGUUUCUGAAGAAAUCAAAAAACGAAAUCUAUAUGAUCAGGUCAUGGUUAGCAGUUUCAAUCCAAUUGUCCCGUGGAGGCUAAAGAAAAUUGAUCCAAAAAUUAUCACUGGAAUCACUGUCGAUAGAUCUUAUUAUUCAUACAGCGAUGAUCACAGAAAAAGUCCAUUCUCCACAAGUUUCUUUGCUCAUUUUUGGAAUGAAAUUCUUGAUGAGAUUAAUAUGAUUAUUCAACCACUCUAUAUUUUACCCAGAUUUCUAGGAGUUGAUGUGGUUAUGAUCAGUUUUCAACUGAUUUCAGAAAACGCCGUUCGGGAAUCAAACGAAAAAGGAUUUUCAGUCAUUUCGUGGACAGUAAAUGAUGAAGAUUACAUGAGAAUUCUUACAAAACUCAAUGUUCCAUUCUUGACGGAUAUUGGUUCUGAAGUUGAUCGGAAAAUGUUUAUGAAAAAAUAA